CUCGCCAGUACAGUGUGCAGGUCAAAUAUAAGACUUUACUGCCGCGCGAAGCCACAGUAACAGCGCUGAUGUUUGUGUGGACAGAGGCGUUCACGGACAGUUGGGCCCUCCUUCAGACAGAUUGGGUUUCAUUUCAAUUGUUGCUCAGCUUCAGCAGAGUAUAGGGCAGGUGUAAAGUGUGAUGUGUGUUCUGUGGAAAUUUACUUCCUGAACUAUAUCUCCUACAAAAGUGGGUGUGCUAGAAGUUUAUUCUCGGACUAUGUUUGAAGUGGAAGGUCGGUGAAAUACUCUUGCAGUAGAGGUUUUGGUGCGGAGUGCUCCCUCAUCUUGGUUCCAGUUUCUGAAAGAUUCGGAGGAUCUUUUUAUCAUUAUCAACCACUAAAACAUCAAACAUCAUCAGUGCUACUGCUGAUCAGUGCGACUUUCCUUAGAUUUUUUAAGAUUUCUACUUUUCUACUGUCGACAUGUGCUAAGAGAUAGGUGAAGGAUAGUUUGGCCACACAAUGUCGGCAAGUAUGGAAGGACAACCAGCAUCAGCCCGCUUUGGGCUGAGUUUAAUGGAGCUUAGAGAGCUCAUGGAACAUAGAGGUACCGAGGGUUACGAGUUGAUCCAGACCAAAUAUGGCGGUGUGUUGGAGAUGUGUAGAAAAUUGAGAACCUCACCCACUGAAGGAUUGACGGGUGACCUAGAUAGAGAAGCCAGAUUGGAAGCAUUUGGCUCCAAUAUUAUCCCUCCUAAACCACCCAAGUCUUUUAUGCGCUUGGUGUGGGAGGCACUUCAGGAUGUUACAUUACUUAUUUUGCUGGUUGCUGCACUCAUCUCUCUUGGCCUGUCAUUCUACAAGCCACCACAGGAAAGCAGGGAAGAGGAAACGGAAGAUGAUUACUACAGGAGCAAGUAUAGCAACAGCCUUGAGGAGUCGGCAGGUUGGAUAGAUGGCUUGGCCAUUCUAGUGGCUGUACUGGUGGUGGUGUUAGUGACUGCCUUCAAUGACUGGAGCAAAGAAAAGCAGUUCCGUGGACUUCAGAGCAAGAUAGAGCAUGAACACAAGUUCUCAACCAUUCGGAAUGGGGAAGUUGAACAGAUACCUGUUGGAGACUUGUUAGUUGGUGACAUUUGCCAAGUAAAAUAUGGUGACCUGCUACCCGCUGAUGGUAUUCUUAUCCAGAGUAAUGAUUUAAAAAUAGAUGAAAGCUCUUUGACAGGAGAGAGUGAUCAUGUAAAAAAAGGAGAGAUCACAGACCCCAUGCUGUUGUCAGGUACACAUGUGAUGGAGGGAAGCGGCAAAAUGCUUGUGACUGCUGUGGGGGUCAACUCACAAACUGGCAUUAUAUUUGCGUUGCUGGGUGCCUCACAGGAGGAUGAGGGAGAGAAGAAGAAAAAGCAGAAGAAGAAAGGAGAAGAAGACCCCGAAGCAGGACUCCGCAAAAACAAUCUUGGACAGACAGAGCCAUUGCUUCAAAAUGAGGCUGGCACCAAAAUGGAUAUGGACAACAUCAACAUCACCAUCACUCCAAACAACUCCCACAACAACUCAUCAGGAGCACCUACAGCCAACAAAGACGCCAGCAACAACCAAGUGGUGGCCAAUGCUGCAGGAGAUGCUGUAGAGAAAGAAAAAAAGAGCGGAUUUGGUCGAAAAGAAAAGUCUGUGUUGCAAACAAAACUGACCCGCUUGGCUAUUCAAAUUGGCUAUGCAGGUACAGCAGUUGCAGUGCUGACUGUGGUAAUCCUCAUUGUCAAGUUCUGUGUUGAGGAGUUUGCUAUCAAGAAGAUAGAGUGGACAUCAAACCGAACUGCUGGCUAUGUGGAAUUGUUUGUCAAGUACUUCAUUAUUGGUGUCACAGUGCUUGUGGUUGCAGUACCAGAAGGCCUUCCUCUUGCUGUAACAUUAGCACUUGCAUACUCAGUCAAGAAAAUGAUGCAUGACAAUAAUUUGGUUCGGCAUCUGGAUGCUUGUGAGACUAUGGGCAAUGCAACAGCCAUCUGUUCGGACAAGACAGGCACGCUCACAACCAACCGUAUGACUGUUGUCCAGAGCUUUAUAGGAGGUAUUCGCUACAGGACGACACCUGAUUUUAACUCUUUAAACAGCAAGCUGGGCCAGCUGGUUGUAGAGUCUGUAUCAGUCAAUAGUGGCUACACUUCCAAAGUAUUGAAACCUGAGCAUGAAGGUGAACUUCCCAAGCAAGUGGGUAACAAAACAGAAUGUGGCCUUCUUGGCUUUGUCGUGGAUUUAAAGCAGAGCUAUGAAGCAGUGCGGGAGAAGUAUCCUGAAGAAGUUUUGAUCAAAGUCUACACUUUCAACUCUGUUCGCAAGUCUAUGAGCACUGUCAUUCACCUUGGCAAUGGCAACUUCCGCUUAUACACAAAGGGUGCUUCUGAAAUUGUGCUGAAAAAAUGCAACUAUAUUCUGAAUAAGGAUUGCGUACCCCAGCCCUUUACGGCUACACAACAAGAAGAGUUGGUAAGGAAUGUCAUUGAACCAAUGGCCAGCGAGGGUCUUCGUACCAUUUGCAUCGCCUACAAGGACUUCGUCAGAGGGAACAAUGAAGUUAAUGAAGUUCACAUAGAUGAGGAACCAAACUGGGAUGACGAAGACAGCAUUGUUAAAAACCUAACAUGCAUCUACAUUGUUGGCAUUGAGGAUCCAGUCAGAGACGAAGUUCCAGAUGCCAUCAGAAAGUGCAAGUCAGCAGGUAUCUGUGUGCGCAUGGUAACAGGCGACAAUGUCAACACAGCACGGUCCAUUGCAUUAAAAUGUGGUAUCAUCAACCCUGGUGAGGACAGCCUAGUGUUGGAGGGCAAGGAAUUCAAUCGAAGAAUUCGUAAUGCAAAUGGGGAAGUUGAACAAGCUCUGAUGGAUCAAGUCUGGCCACAGCUGCGCGUAUUGGCACGCUCCUCCCCUCAAGACAAGUACAUUCUGGUGAAAGGAAUAAUUGAUUCCAAAAUCAGCUCCAAUCGUGAGGUGGUAGCUGUAACAGGUGAUGGCACCAAUGAUGGCCCUGCACUCAAGAAAGCUGAUGUUGGGUUUGCUAUGGGGAUAUCUGGAACUGAUGUUGCAAAGGAGGCAUCCGAUAUCAUCCUGACCGACGACAACUUUACCAGCAUAGUGAAAGCCGUCAUGUGGGGACGAAACGUUUAUGAUAGCAUCGCCAAGUUCUUGCAAUUUCAACUGACUGUCAACGUUGUGGCUGUUGUUGUUGCAUUUGUUGGUGCUUGCAUUAUAAAUGACAGUCCUCUAAAGGCUAUUCAGAUGUUGUGGGUGAAUCUCAUCAUGGACACACUGGCCUCUCUUGCUCUUGCCACUGAACUGCCAAGUGAUGAGCUGCUGCGACGGAAACCAUAUGGUCGCACAAAACCUCUCAUAUCACGUACCAUGUUCAAGAACAUAUGUGGCCAUGCUCUCUACCAGCUUAUAGUCAUUUUUGUCCUUCUUUUCAAAGGUCCUGAUUUGUUUGGCAUUGAUGAUGGCACUGCCUUGGCCACUAAGGUGCAUGCACCACCCACCCAGCACUUUACCAUGAUCUUCAAUACUUUUGUCAUGAUGACCCUCUUCAAUGAAGUCAAUGCACGGAAGAUUCACGGGCAGCGCAAUGUCAUUGAAGGAUUGCAGCGCAACCCAGUUUUUAUUGGUAUCUGGAUCGGCACCAUUGUGUCUCAGGUAAUAAUUGUUACUUUUGGAGGUCUGGCUUUCCACACACACAAGUUGAAUGCUGAACAGUGGCUGUGGUGUGUCUUUCUAGGUGUGGGCACCAUGCUGUGGGGACAGCUGAUAACAACAGUACCCACCAGUAAGAUUCCAGUGUUUCGCAUGCCAUGUGGCAAGGCACGUGGUGAGGAGGAGGGUGAGAUGGGGGAGGAGGAGCCCCUGGAGGAUGAUCCUGUCAGCGGUGGCCGUGGCCAGAUCUUGUGGGUUCGUGGUCUUACGCGUCUGCAGCAGCAGAUCCGUGUAGUUAACGCUUUUCGUAUGAGCUUAGAUGCACGCUACGACAGUCGUAGCAUGUCCUCAGUACAUAGCUACCACUCCUUGCAAAGUGCUAGGUUGGUAUCGAAAAAGUCGCCAAUCAUACAGGCUGAAGGUGGGGCCGAUGCCACAUCCCCUGGUGAUCAAACAGAAACCCAGUUCUGAGGCCCUUGGACAUCCCCCUAGGCCAGACAGCCCUCUCACUCACAAGAAUGGCUCAUCCUGGAGGAUGUCACAUUUGCACGAGAGGAAGACUGUGACUUGUUGCAGAUACAGAGACUAGAACAGUGCUCAUAAGGAACCAAUACAAAUAGAGCCAGUGUUGGGACUGUGCAAACCUAAACAAGAGAUUAUGACUGCUGGAUGCAUGAUCAGGCAAAGGGAUUGUAAGAAAGAAUGUACAAAGUAGGUUUUAACUACCAAGCAACCAAUCUACCUAUUUAACCAUUAGUGUGACAGCUGUGGUGAAAGAUUAAGGGCAUGUGUGAGUGGUGGUGUUCAGAAAUAGGAGAGGCCUCAGGCAUGUAGGAGGAAAACAGGAGCACAUUGUUCUUGAGCACCCUGAGCUUUCCAGUCUACUGACCCUUUGCUUUCAUGAUUCUCACCUACCCCAUUAUCUUCUCUCCCUUUGCUCCACAUGACCUUGUUAGGUAUUCUUUCAUAGCUAAAGCUUACACGACCACCACCUCUCACCACCACCACCACCACACUGCUGUGAUUGCUACCAGUGUUAGCGCACCUGCCACUGUUGCAACACUUCAGACUGCCAGUACAGUGAUACCUGUGAUUAAAUGAUGCGGAUCUCUCCACCUGGCUGGAAGCAGACUGCAAGCUGCCGAGGAGACACCUGAUAUACCCGUCACUCCAUCUGCCUUUCUGCUGAUCCCAUUAUCGUCACCACCACCACCACCACCACCAUCAUCACCUCUGCAGCCACCACCACCAUCACUGCAACAUCACCACUCUGCACAUGCUUGAGCACCUGUUGAUGGGUUCCAUCCCUCACCAGUGGUUUUUUUUUUUUGUGUGUGUUUUUUGUUAGUGAUGUAAAGUGUAACAUGCUAAAAUGAGCUGCAGGUAGCUGUAUUGAUCGUACUGUACAUAGUGUAUAGUAUUGUACAUAGUGUGUAGUACUGUACAUGAUGUAUAGUACUGUGCAUAGUGUAUAGUACUGUACAUAGUGUAUAAUACUGUGCUGAAAAACUUUGAGGUACAACGAAGAGUCUGUCAGGCUGCAGCCUCUGUACCUAGCCUUUUUAUUGUUCAGCUGAUAACCUUUUCUAACCUCCCCCCUCAAACCCACUUUAUCCCUGCCCUUAUAAAAACAAGGCUUGCCCACGAGGCAUCCCAUAUCUUUAGUUCCCCCCCCCCCCCCACAUGCCAGUCUUUCAUUGUCCCCAGACACUGCCCAUAACCCUCAGAAAAUGUGGUUAUUAGUUCUGGUCAAAAUUGUUUCCUCUUCUGUGCAACUUGUUAACUCCAAUCAAUUUUGAAAGGAUGGGUUAUUCCUUGUUAGAAUGGGGGCCAUUGAAGACACCUGGGUUAUCAAUUCUGGGAAAUCUGGCCAUCACAGGGUUUGUUGUACAGGGUGACUCAGGAGCAUUAUUGCUGAGAUAAAUUUAAGUUCUUCAGACCCCCGAACCCUCUUUUUUUUAAAUCGGGCAGCUACUAGUUCAGCUUGAUCAUCCCUGACCUUUCUCUAAUCAUUUUUUAAAUAAUCUCAAAAAUCAAGAGAUUCAGAAGUGCAGAUUUGGGUGUACAAGAGUAAAGUGAUGCUUUAAAGUUGUUUUGGUAAUUGUGGAAUCCUUUGUCCUAAAAUUCUAAAGCUUUUAGUCAGCAAGAAAAGGGGGGUGGCAUAUGCAACGAAUAUUUUGGCAUUAGCAUUGAUUUUAAGAAAGAGUGGGCAGAUCUUAAAAACUCUAAAACACUGGCAAAUGUGUGCUGUUAAGUACUUCUCUUCCCAUGACCUUACAGUUAGGUGAACUGUUCAGUUAUACCAUCUCCUAGGAUUCCAUUUCCCAUAUACCCAAUCAUGUCCUCUUCACCUCUAGAUGAGCUGAACCCAAGGAGAUGAUGGAUGGCCUUGAACCCAUACCUGUGUUUGUAGAGCAGUCUUUUUUUGUGCUGUGAGAGAGUUUAUACAGAAUAAGUUGGUCAAGCAUGUAUGUUGUGUUAUCAACAUGUAUUGCAUGCAGUGACCAUGUUCCUUGCUUGACCAUUUGCAUCACACUGGAGAUAGUCACCAGAAAACUUGGAGAACUUUGUUUUUGUGAUUUUUAGAUUGUAAUCCGUUUAUGAUUUGACAGUUUCACCACAUUUAUGGCAUGGCUUCAAAGUUUAUCAAAAGGGAAGGAAAACAGUUUUUUUAUGUCUGGAACCACACUCUUGACAAAAAAGCAUUUUGCUUGUAAUCAUUGUAUUAUUUUGCAUAGCAGUGAUUUUGUUUGGUAGACAUUGAUGAAUAGAAACUUUUUAUUGGGGAAAAUGAAAAUAUUAGAGCAUUGAGAAUCUUUGUUGCUAUAUUCUUUUUAUAGAAGUUAUGCAUAUAGAUUAAUGAUGAAGAUAUGCAGUGGAAAACGCUAGAUUGAAGAGAACCAUUUAAUAGUUUUCCAGUGUAUUAGCACAUUUAAAGGUUAAAAAAUGCUCUCUGCCUGAUUGCUUUGGCUUGAAAGUAAGCUUAUAUAAAUAUAUAUUAAAUUUAUAAAUAAUGAAAAUAACUUUGGAAAAUAAUAAUAAAAAGAAUCGUGUCACCAUUUCAUUGUUUUAAAGUUUCGGCUGAUUAGUACUUCAAGGCUAGACUUUAAAGUGGACUUGGAGCCUUAAUCCUAAUAUUUUACAUUAGAAAGGGUCUUUGAGAUGACUGUUUGGUGAUUUAGAUGUUCACCAGUGUUCACUCUGUUACAGCUGCUAUGCACAGCACUGGCUUAUUUUUUUGCAGUGAAGUUGAAACAGCAGUUUUGGCUUCCUUUUCUCUUAAUAUACACUUUUUGUAACAGGUUAGCAUGGUUGUGCUAGUGUUUGUGCUUGGCAGUAGCAAUGCUGUGUAUAGGUGACUUGUGACCUGAUUUUUAAAAAAAGCAACUAAAAUUUUGUUUUUGUCAGAUAUUGUCAGUCCUAUACUGGCACUCUAUAUUAAUCAUGGAAACAUAAGCAUCAAAUUUGGGCAUAUUGUCCUAUCAUACAAGUUGUCAGAGGUGGUAUAUUUCACACACACUAAUAGUAAGGCCAGUCACUAGGAAGAUGCAUUAGAAACUGGGAGAGGUUAAUGCAAAGAACAAUGUUGCAGCAUAUUGCUGCUAGCUAACAUUGUAAUAUGUUCCAUAGCAUAUGAUGCAGCUGUUUGUUGCUUAUAGAGAGCUUUUUCAGCAUAAUCUUUUCACCCUUACUACACUUUUGUUGAAAUUGAUAGAAUAUGUACAGAGUGAGAUGAAAUGAGAAAAACAGGUGCAAAAUUCAUCUUGAAAGGAGGGUUUGCCAUAUUUUUUUAAAAUGUUGAAAAAUGUUGGGCAUUUGAUAUUUCACAAUUUACUUUUGUUCCUUCCCAUUGUUACCAUCUUUUUCAUGUUGAUAUCAUUUGCUUGUUUUGGCUGUUCCUUAAUCAUGCAAGGUGAAUAGUAACAUGUUUUCCUACAAUUUAUUGCACUGAUCUAAUUAAUCAAGAGACUGGUUAGCCUGAUGCUGAAGGUGUGCAAGAAUGUGUUUUGCUUGACAUUGAGGUGUCCACUCAUUCUGUAUCAGAAUCCAGAAUAAAUAUAAGAAUCGUCGUUUGAUAUAAACUUAUGAGAAAGUUGCAAUUAAUGCAGCAGCUGCAAUUUUUUGAACUUGUAGCUUUUACUUGCCUGUAUAGGGGCUACAUCUGUUUAUGUGUGUUUACUAAUAGUAUGCACAUGUGUAUGUGUGACUUUUUCCCCCCUGUCCUUCACUAUGCUGUCAUGAUUUCUUAAUUAUCACACCUACAAUGGGACAGAUUAUUUCUCUAUAGUUAAAUAUGCAGUUAUAUUGAAGCAGAUGGUAUGUUUGAGCCUUUCUUAUUCACCAUUCUGGAAAACGACCAUUAAUCAUCAUAAAAUUUUAGGAAACUCGUGAUUAUUUUUUGACUUUUUCUCCCUCUCUUCUCCAUCUCCCCACUCUCUAUGAAAGUAAUAAUAGGUAAUGAGACAAAUCCUAAAAUUUAAAUCAUUUUUAUUUCAUGUAUGCAUAGACAGGUACAAUAUUUGCCUUUGUUUUAAGGAACCCUUUUGUAUUUUUUUAAAUUUUAACUGCAAGGGGGUUUGAUUUUAAUGGUACUUUGAUUUUGGUUGCAUAUCCUUUGUACUCCAUGCCUGUCGCGGGAUAUGUGUUAGAUAGAACGUGGGAUAGAACAGUGGAGAUGAUAAAGGACUAGUUCGUGGGAGUUGUGACCAAGAAGCACAAUGCUUCCCUACCAUUAUUGAUGUGCUGUGAUUAAAGGGUGUUUAAUGACUAAUCACAAGCCAGGCCUACAGUGUGAAAGUAGUUAAAAUGAUCUUUUUCUGUGUACACCAUAGGUCCUUGGUUUAAGGGAAAAAAACCCUUUAAAUUCUGCCCUUUAAAAAUCUGACCUUCUCAAGGCAGUUGACCACAAUGCUGAUCUGCUUUGAUAGGUCCAUAGAGGAAAAUUGCACUUUCAUAGUUAUUGACUAUGUACAUAAAAAAAAUAACAUCUGAGAAAAUGUGAGUGGGGGAAAGAGUUUAAGGGUGAGAGUACUGUGCGAACAGGAAGGUGUGAAUGAACAUUGUCAUUGCAAGCCUCCAUGCAAAAAUUCAUGAAUGACAAGUUUACACAUUUUGUGUGUUUGACUUUUUUUUAAAAGUCUUUUGUUUUUGCACAUGGAUAAAGUAUUUCACACCUGUGCAAAAUCUGACAUUCUUGGUUGAUUAAUGAAUUAUUCUACGGUCUUUCUGUGGAAGACAUCAGCCCUUAUAACUCAACAUUCCACAAAUGUUGAUCUAAUAAAUCAAACUGAAGUUUUCUUUCUAGAUUUGUUUUGUAAAGGGAGAAUUUUGCUGUCUCCCUUCUCUUCAAAUAAAAAUUUCAUUUUUUGUAUGUUAUGUUUUUUUCUAAUAUGAUUUGCCUAUUCUGUUAUAUUUUGGGAUGUUGCUUAUGUUUUACAAGUCCUGUGUACAUUUUUUUAUAAAGGCCAUUGACUGGUUGAUUUUUUUCCCCAGGUAUCUUUUUCAUAUCUUUCUAAGGGAAAAAACUAUUAUGAUAAGAACAAUUUGGAAAACCCAUCUUGCUUACUUUGCAUCUAAAAAAUUACUCCCGACAUCAUUUCCCUACCACUGAAGAGUCCAGGAGAUUAACGUGCAUUCAGAUUGUUGCUGUAGAAUAGCACAGUACAUGCUUCACCUUAAUGUAUGUACAUAUUGUCAACAAAAAUGUUUUUAAUGUAAAUUUCUUCAUAGUUUUAAACUUGAAAAAAAUGUACAUGGUUUUUCCUUUCUUGAGGACAAUGAGAAGCUGGCUCUUGGGUGAUCAUGGGCAGUGGGUGAAGGUCAGGUGGCUGACUAGGUGUCACUCAAUAGAAGGGAGAAAAAAUUUGAUUAGUUUCAUGAAUUGGCUGUUUAUGAAUUGUUUUCACAGUUACAUAGUUCUCAGGCAAAUGGUGUGAUUUAACCAUAAUGUGAGAAAGAUAUGUAAGUGAAAAGAAUGUUUGAAAAAGUAGUCAUGAAGUAAACUUACAGUUGAUGAUUCUUCUGAUGUGUGAGAAAGGGACUGUUCUCUAGAUUAAAAUUGGAAGUAUAGAAUCUUGUGAGGUAAAAAUGAGGGUUUUUAAAAUUGAAAUAUAAACCAGAACAGCUAGCACUAUCAAUCUUUCUAGAUAAUAUGCUGUGAGUGCGUUUGCAUUUUUUUUAUCCCACCCUAGUGAUAACAUUUAUAUACUUUUGAUCUAACUCUUCUGUGCACAGAUAUUUGGCUUAAAAAAAAAUUCUAUUUCUGUCUUAGCAACAUCAGAAAGUCAUUUUUCUUUAAAGGACUCUUUUUCUUGUGAGUCCUUUCAGAGCAUCCCAAUCAUUCUUUUUCUGUUAGUGAUUUUUUUUAGGACGCAUUACUCAGUCUACCUGUACAUUUUUCUGCUACACUGCUUAUCUUUUUUUUUACACAGUUAACAUUUUUAUUUAUAGUUAUGUAUAUUUAUUAUGUUCUCUGCAUCAUUCUUUUUCUCUUCAUUCAGCUACCUCUAUUUUCCCUUCUUACAUGCUUGCAUUCCUUCAUCUAGUCUCUUUGCUAGCGUGGAGCAGAGCACUGAAGCUCUAGUGCCAAUCAUUGUAUAUGUUAGCUCUUAAAUUUGUACAUGGCAACCCGUCUUCAUGCUUUUUGUAUAUGUUGAAUUUUAUAUUUGCAUGAUGAUUAGGUGCUUUGAUGCCGAGAGGUGCACAGGUCCAUUGUGAAAAACCUAAAACAGGGCUAAUUUAUUCCUCUUAAACUCUGCUGCCAGACAGUUGUGUAUUAUGAUUUUUAGUUUUUUUUAAGUUGUUUCCAUUGCUUCUGUCUAUAACCUAUUACUGUUAAAGAAUAAAACUUUAUAGAUUUUGGUAACAGCUAUUGCAACACUCAUUCCUUACACCCAUCUGGCUGGGGAGCUUGUGAGAAUAACCUUGUAGAUUUUGUAAAGAUAAUUAUUCUUCAACUUCCAACUGUUCAUUGCUAUAAUUUGUGGUUUUUAUGAAAUAAACAUGAAAAAAUGUUAA